AUGGCUUCUCCCGCUCCUAGUUCCGCUCCUACCACCGGUAGCCCCGUCCCCCGCAUGGUCGCACGCAGAAGGGAAGCGAAUUCCAACCCGCUAGUCCAACGACAGAAGCGACCUCGUGCUCCAGUAGUGAAUCGACAAAAACUAGCGGCACCACCACCCCCUCCUCCAAUAGCGGCAGCCCCCGCUAAAACUGUGUCAAGCACCGCUUCGUCGGUCUCGGGAACUGGUAGCGCAAUCGCUGUUGACGACGAAGGAGAGUGGCACGAAUUCAAGCUCACGACUACUAAAGCUUCACUGUUAAAGGGGCUGAGACACCACGUUAUGAGGAUGCAAUCGAAGCGCGAAAUCGACCCUACCGAUCCUACCCAGUUUACCCGUCCGGUUAGGCUUCACCGUCGAGAUCCUAGAGCGCCGCUUCAAGGUGCAAAGGAGGAAGCAGCGGCGAAUCAGUUGGCUGCGGCGAACAAGGCUGCGGAGGCCGGGGAGAAAGCGAAGGAUGAAGUUGAGCAGGCGAAGAAGGACGCGGAGAAGCAAGCGAAUCUGGACAAGAUUGCGCCGUUUGGCGGCGCACAAAAGCAGAAGCAGAAAGUCUUCCAUAAGAAGACUCAGCAGGUUUUCAAGAGCAAUGACGCUGAGAAGAAGCUGCGGUAUGAGGAGUUUUUCCCUUGGUUCAUUGAGGACUUUGACAACAAGAACACUUGGCAGGGGCAGCUCGAGAGCUCGUUGAGUAAGGGUGUCUUCGCUAUGUUCGUGUUGGAGGAAGGUGCUUUCAGGAUGGUUCCGAUCGAGAAAUGGUACAAGUUUCAGGAAAAGAACAGGUUUCCCACCAUGACGUCUGAAGAGGCCGAACUCGAGAUGAAGAAGAAUGCCCGACCGCCAAGGUGGUUGAUGAAGCGCACUGAGGAGAAGGAGAGCAAACAGAGGGAGUUGGAGGAGAAUGCCCGAGCCAACAAAACCCUCUUCACUAGGAAAGGGGAUAGGUUGAAGGGAGAGGCGGACAACGAUGACUUGGAUUUCGAAGACGAUCAAUUUGCUGAUGACGAGGAGGCCCCCAUCAUGGAAGGGGAGGAGCAGGAAAACAAGGAGAUCGAGAAACGUAUCAAAAAGGAGCAACUCUCCGCCAACUUCUUCGACGCCCGUGAUGAACGUGACUGGGAGAAGGAGGAACUCGAGAGGAAAAAGCUCGAAGAGGUCCGCCGGAAGCACGGUAAGAGGGUGAAGAAAGCGUUGAUGAACCGCGAGGGUAACUUCACAUAUGAGUCCGACUCGGACGCCAAUCCGUACGGGACAAGUGGCGACGAGGAUUCCGAAGACGAAGAAGAAACCGCGCGCAAAGAAGAGGAAAAGAAAAAGGAAGAGGAGCGUAAGAAAGCUGAAGCAGCAGCCGAGAAGGAAAAGGCCGAUCCCCGCAAGUCCAAAACUCCCCCCGUUGCUACUCCCGCUUCCACUUCAACUCCCUCCGCCGUCGCCGCCCCCGCCCCCUCACAGCCAAAAUCUAAGGCCACAGGAGGCACAACCGGAGCGCCACACCCCAAUGCAGCCAACAAGAAAGACAAACACCCAGCCGGUACGCCUCUCCCACUCAGUGAUAAAAAACCACAGCUCAAACGUGCAGGCACACCACCGCACCCAGAGUCGGGCACCGAGUCGCGCAAGAAGCCAAAAAAGAACAACGCCGCCACCAACAGCACCACUGGGAAAUCAACAACUCUCCCCAUCCUCGGCGGCACGGAUAAGAAGAACAUCGUCAAGUUAAAAGUUGCCAGCGAGAGUCUUUCCCAGAUCGCUUCUUCAACUCCAUCUCCUUCCCCGCCACCGCCAGGCGUUGGAGCUGGCAACAAGAAGCGCAAAGCAGAUGUGAGCGCCGGAGCACGUAGUGGUGACGAGCGCUCCGGCGAGAUGUCAGACGGGCCAGGGAGUAAGAAGCAAAGGAUCAAGAUCACCACUGGCGGGCGGUCACUCUCACCUGCUGCAGCGGCAGCAGCUUCAAGACAGGGCACUCCCGGGGCAUCACGCGCAGGCUCCCCCGCUGCUGCUGCCGGCGCUGGCAAUACUAGUGCUCCGGCGGCGAGGGGCACCCCUGGGCCUCCAGACUUCAUAACAGACGCCGAAAUCCGCACAGUCCUAUCCUCCAAUCCCGAAGGUGUAACACUAAAAUUCAUCGCCGACAAGUUUAAGAACCGCGUCCGGAACGAGGAAGUUAAGAAGGGGCUUGUCUCCAGUCUCCGCAGACUUAGUGUGUCGACGGAUAAGAGAACUUAUAAGCUUAAGGAGGGGGUCAGUGCAUAAGCCGUUUGCGGGUGGGGGGAGGCAAAAGUUUGUUUUGUUUAGCUCAGGUUGUGUAGGAUAUGUUUGCUGGUUAGUUGGUUGAUCGGAGAGGAUGUCACUUUCACCUUUUUUCUUUUAGGAGGGUACUCCGACUUGCUCUCCGAGAGGGGAGGGUUCUACUACUUGCUCUGGCUCAUCAUCUACAUUACCCACCCGGUAAA